AUGGACCUCGAAGCCCAACGUCUUAGGAAUUUGCAGCAGAAGCAGAAGCUGCUCGCCGAGCUGAAUCUAAACAACGGCGCCACUGGGAGUGAUGAGCAGGCAGAUUCCACGGAGGUCAAGCCAAGGGCGAAGAGGCGACGACUCGAUAAUUCAAUCAUCGUGCAGCAUGUCUCCUCGAGGACCUCCGCGAGAAUUGCUGCCAAUGGAGCGCGUCCAUCCUACAAGGAAGAAAAGCAUUCCAGUAAUACGUAUCCUCGAACCAGGACCAAGAAGCAGAACGAUCGAGAGCCGCGGCGUCCCUCACCGGUACGGUCUCAAUAUUCGAAUCCCAAGGCUAUAUCGCCAUUGCUUCCCACGGACUCGGCGUCCUUGAUCCGAUACUACACUUCCUGGACCUCUUCUGCCGCCCCUCCUACGCUUGAUCCGCGCACCAACACAUACCACUUCGUAUCACUCCCGAGUUUCACGCCAAAUAAAUCGCCCCUCUCGAUUCUGCUGCAAGGUGCUUUCGGAGGCGCGUAUUUCUCACCCUGGCGUAGCCGAACAUUGUCGGUGACCCUGGAAGAUGACUAUCUCGCGACCCUGCCCCCCGAAUGGCUCGCCCAGCUCCAACCGCCUGAGAAGUACAUAACGUCGCACACGUACAAUGCGGAACUUAACAGACACGGCGUCCAGUGCGGCCAGACGCUGUCACAGUGGGAGGACGCCGGCUGGAUCAAUUUCCAGCACGACGCCCGAGGUUGGUUUGAGUGGUAUAUCCGCUUUUGGCUCGGCCGGCGUUUGGACGAUGGAGAGGACGAAAGGCAGGUGGGACGGUGGCUGAGAUGUGUGGGCCCGAAAGGGAGGUGGAAGAGGGUGUUGUUGAAGAAGUACGUGGGGAUGGGGAUCAGAAGUGUCUUUGACGACGAAGGCGACGAUGACGCAGAAGACGAGCGAAGAGUCAGCCCUGUCAUACAUCAAACUUGCUUGCACUGGGGUUACCAAGUCACGCAGGAGGAUCUGAAUAAGGCGUGGCAGGAGCGAGAAGGGGCUUAG